GUCUGGCUCUUGCGAGGCACGGGGCUGCCUUCCUGUCCUGACUGGGUCGAGCGCUCCAGGGCGUGCUGGUGCCUCCUCCCGCCCUCCCCUCCUGCCUGGGAAGGGUCUGCCUGCCUUCUGGUUUCCGGAGUCCUUGCAAGGGAUUCAAUUAAGAUGUCAGCUCUCACUCCAAGGAAAAGGAGGCAGUGCUCUUUGAACAAUGACAAUCUUUUAGCAGACAAUUCAUCAAAGAAGUUAAUUUUGGGCUUUACUGAAAAUACAUUGCUGUCAUCUAAUAAAAAGCACAUUUGCCAAAGCAGUGAUGAGAACGAAUUAAAGGUACACAGCUCUCAGCAGGGCCAUUUCAUUUCCAGCCCACUCAAAGUUAGAGAAAACGGAUUACCGCCAGCAAAUCAGAGUUCACCAUUUAAAUCUGCUGUGUCUGCUGUAUCCUUUUACAACAAAGACAAGUGGUACCUCAAUCCGUUGGAAAGGAAGCUGAUUAAAGAGAGUAGAACCACUUGUGAAAAAACCACUGAUGCAGAUAAACCUUUCUCCAUCGUGAGAGAAGAAAUGCAGAGACAACCUGUCUGUUCCAAGAAGAUGAAGAAAAAACCACAGAAAAGUUUAACUGCGAAAUAUCGACCAAGUUAUAAGUGCACCAAGCCUGUAUUGAAAAAUUCUAAAAUUGCCAAGCAAAAUCGAGUGGCCUAUAAAUCAGUUACAGAGACAGAGAACAGCUAUUCAGUUGAAAAAAACUUGAAUGCUCCUCGAGUUCUAAGCCAAAAAGUCAAACCGCAAGUUACACUCCAGGGUGGGGCUGCAUUUUUUGUUAGUAGAAAAAAAUCAUCUCUGAAAAAUCUGAAUAAAUCCGAAGUCAUUGAAGAUUCUGAUGGAGGGACUGUCAAUGAAAGAAAAAAAACUGAGAUGAAGCAGGUGGCAAAGGCCUUGUUACUAGAAAAGGAACUGGAUAUUGAACUGCUGGGUGUAAGAAGUGAAAAUGAAGAGAAAUUAAUAAAGAAAUCAUCAGAUGAAGUAGCUUCAAAGGACUAUAGACCUGAUGAAAAUAAGUGUUUUCCUUUAAAGGAGUUUGUCAGUGACAAGGCAGUUUCUUCUGAUUCCGUUGUCUAUCCUAUCUUCAGCAUAUCUUCAGUCAAUACAAAGAGACCUUUACUUGAAGAACAGUCUUCAGGGGGAUCUACCAUGCCUACUAAUGUUGUGAAGCAGAAAAGUGUUAAUACCAGAGAUAUAAAUAAAGAGACAAAAGACCAGUUCAUCAUUGUGAGUAACUUUAAAAUUAAGCUCCUCCUGCAUGUACUCUCCGAUACAGAUCCUGAAGUGACAUGCUACCUUAGCAUCAGUGAUAGCCUCAGUUUUGUAACUGCCAUCUUUGUUUUGUUGAGAGCAUUUGACACUAGUCAGGGCUGGAAAAAAGAACGAGUUGUAGCCGAGUUCUGGGAUGGGAAAAUUGUGUUGGUCUUGCCUCAUGAUCCAAAUUAUGCCAUCAAAAAGGUAGAAGAUGUUCAAGAACUUGUUGACAGUGAAUUAGGCUUCCAGCAAGUUGUUUCCAAAUAUCCAAACAAAACCAAAACUUUUCUCUUUAUCUCUGAUGAAAAGAAAGUAGUUGGAUGUCUAAUUGCAGAACCCAUCAAACAGGCCUUCCGUGUCCUGUCUGAACAAAGUAGCCUAGAAUCUUUGAACUCUAAGGAAUGUCAUAGGGCUUGGCAAUGUUCAAAUGUACCAGAACCUGCAGUAUGUGGGAUAAGCAGAAUCUGGGUCUUCAGACUGAAGAGAAGAAAGCGUAUUGCAAGACGGCUGGUAGAUACUGUCAGGAAUUGCUUCAUGUUUGGCUGUUUCCUCAGCACUAAUGAAAUAGCAUUUUCUGACCCAACUCCGGAUGGCAAGUUAUUUGCAACCAAAUAUUGUAACACCCCAAAUUUCCUUGUAUAUAAUUUUAAUAGUUAAAGUCAGGCUCAGCUAUAAGAUAGUUUAUAUGAAUGAGUUCAUACACCCCCUCCAUAUAAUAUGAACAUUAAAAAAAUAAUAAGACACACACACGUCCUUCAGUCUUCCUUUUCAUGCAUUGAGAAACCAGAAUUAAACUUGUUGAAAAUUAACUAGGAAUUAAAGAAUAAAUUUUUGGGUGGUGUACACUGGCUAGCACUCCCGAAACCUUACUACACAGUAUAGCUAUAACUGGAAGACAAUUUGCAGUAAAGUUAUUGAAGUACAGUGCCAAACCCCAGGGUGGUUUUCCACAGAAAUUUGAUCACUUUUAUAAAAGUACUGUUGGUUCGGAAUUAUCUCAUUUGCAAUCAGAAACAAACAGGAAAAUUUAAACCCAGGUGAAUAAUUUCCAUCCCCAAUUUAUAAAGAUAAUUCAUAAAAGUGUUAGUUGGCUACAGCAGUUCAGUUUACCUAUACUUAGAAACUGUUUUGAAUUUCUAAUUUGUAAUUGGAAACUAUGUUAACAAAUGAGUAAAAUUUCAUUUCAUUUUUAUAUAUAGACCAAAAGAAGUUUGUAGAUAGUUGAAUUUUUUUUAGAUCAAAAGCUUGUCAUCAGAUUUGAACAUGAUAGCUGUUUCAUUUCUUUUUGAUGUGAGAAUUGUACAACUUUAAAGAAGGUGUUAUUGGUGAUUGAUGUGUGACAAAGUGAAUAGAAAGCUCAUAAAGCUUUAUUCAGUUGAUUUAGAUAACUCAGCAUUGUACACUAUUCAGUUCUUAUUUCAUGUCUGAGAUACGUCUUUCUUCUUCAGAGAUAUUUGGCAAAAGUGCUGUCAAAAUGUAUGUUAUUAGAAACAAAAUUAAUA